CGUACGCCUUUGCAUAUGACCUUGAACAUAAAAUGAAUCAUCAUAACCGCGUAAAAUCACAUCGCGGGCUUCGAGUUGAUCGUUAUUUGAGUCCACGUGAUAACGCGAAACUUGUCACGUGUUUCCACUUAAAUUUCUUUCGUUACUUGGAGAUAGAAAAUCGGUAAACAGGUAAGGAAGAAUUCACGCUCGAUGUGGAACCUACCCUAUUAUUCGUAUAAUUUUCACGCGUACACGAUUUUGCAAAAAUUCGGGAGCUGUAUUUCACGAGUGCUAAUUUUCGCGAUUCCAGGAAAAAACUGUUCACAAGUAGAUGUAACUUUGUCAUCCAUUGCUUUAAUCUUGCAAAUCCUGAUUCGAGGACCCACAAGUGGCUUACAACUGAAUGGAAAUGUGAUAACUGUACUGAAGAGGUGGAUGUAGAAGCUGAAGAUAACAGUGCAUCGGAGGAAGACCACUAACUAGUUGAAAACAAGACCAAACCUGUAUAUUUUCAUGGACAGAAAUUGAACAACUACCAACGAGUCCGUGACUCAACAUUAAAAAUCCAUGUUUUGUUUUCUUGCAUAAUCUGGUAUUAAAAAUUUCACGUGUUUAAUUUUCGCGCUCCUUUUUCUCGCGAUUUUCUUUUCUUUUCUUUUCUUUUUUUUUUCACGAUCCCCACCUACUUAAAAAAAAAAAAAUGGCGAAAUUCAGUAGACUUGAAAAUAAGCUAGCCAAAACAAAUGGCCCUCGCCAUAACAAUGAACUGCAAAAGAAGACUGGCGUGUUAUCCAUGGUUUAAAUUUAUAUUUGGUGAACGAAAACAUAUCUGCGACUGAGUUAAUGCAACAUUUUCCUCGGGCAGUUGUUAUCACCAUGGUAGCAACCUGGCGGGUACCAGUAAGAUAAUACAAGUUUACGUAGCAAGACAUUUGAUUAAGCUACCUUAUUCAUCUGAUCCGGUGUAAGCGCAACUUACAGCAGACGGACUUCAGUGAAUUAAAGGUAAGAUGUUAAAGCUUGUUUGUACUCGUUAUGUGUACAAGUGCUGAAGUUGAUCAAAGAGUGCCCUAAAGAGAUUUUUAUGUCGGACGCCACGGUGUAAGUGUUAAUCGGAAAUUUAAAUUUUCGACUGAGUCCAGUUUGGUAUUGUUGAAGAUGUGAUUCCUGAUCGUCUUUAUCAAAUUUACAAAUGAGGAACGAACAACACGCUUUCAUGUCUAACGAAAUUUUCGUCAGUGUUUAUUCAGUGUCGCUAAAUUGGGAGACUUAAAAAGAAAAUCAAAAUAAACUCUGAACAUUGCUGGUGGAAAAAGCGUCUUGCAAUACUAUCCCGGUUUACGUUUACGUUACGUUUAAGUUUGAUACAUACCACCUAGGUGUCAGUUGAUUGAUCAGAACGGUACGGAAGAAAAAAAAAUUUUGGCUUUUUGACACCAGUCUACCGGCGACCGUUUAGAACGCGAACACAAGAUGCACCAGUCUCCUCACCCUAGCUCCUUGAUAGCCUCAUCCCAGACUCUAAGUCUUCAAUUUCUUAUGGUCAGCAGCAACAGUCGCAUUCAUCUCUCUGAGCAGGAGCAGGAGGUCUGUAUUGGAGGGUCGUGAGUUUAUCUAUAGAUAUCCACUGUGAAUCUGCUCGGUGAGAAUUUUAGGGCUGUUCAGAUCAACAAUGAACAGCGAGGGAGCUCCUAUGGAAGGGCAAAAAUGGCUCCCAUCCAAAGGCCCACUAUCCAUUCACCAGAAAGCGCUCUUUGUGUUUUGGGUAUCGGUAGUGUCGCUGAUGGCUUUUAGAAAACUUCUGUUGUUACUGAAAGUUCCAUCUUUGCGGAGCGCAUUUCGGCAUAGCGCGUCAGGUAAUCAAGAUAAUGAAGAAGCUCGCCUUGGAAUAGUAGAAAACGGUGAGAUACCACAUCAAAAGGUUGUACUCGUCAACGAGCGUGAAAAAGAACGUAACAUUGGUCAAGAUAACAGUGUACCAGGCAAGCCGACAUCUCAAACAUCCACUGCCGUCAGACCAUCUCUCGAUCAUUUCCUGCAAAGUGUGGCUAUAUUUGGAGUCAUUAUGUUCGUGUACUAUCUUUGCGAUGACAAUCACUAUUUUCUCGCCACUGAGCGCACUUAUUCACGUGAUCUGUUUUGGUUUCUGGUCCUGCUUCUUGUGGCUGUAGCCGCUGGAUUGACUAGGAAGGAGACUCCAGACAAGAUAUUAAACCGAGAGCAGACAGAGGAGUGGAAAGGCUGGAUGCAAGUCAUGUUCGUUUGGUAUCACUAUUUCAAAGCUGCGGAGACUUACAACGCUGUAAGGGUGUUCAUUGCAGCUUACGUUUGGAUGACUGGCUUCGGUAAUUUCUCCUUUUUCUGGGUUAAAAAAGACUUCAGUCUCUACCGAGUCCUUAAAAUGCUUUUUCGCCUCAAUUUCCUUGUGGUGAUCACGUGCUUGGUGGUGCGCAAUGAGUACAUGUUAUACUACAUCUGUCCUAUGCACACCUUCUGGUUCUUAUCAGCCUACUGCUUCAUGAGACUGCUGAACAGUUGGAACGAGGACCCACAAAAGAUGGCUGUAAAGUUUACGAUAUAUUUUCUUAUCGUCUUUCUAUUGUUUGACGUGCCAGGUGUUGGAGAAAUCGUUUUUAAACCCUUGGGCUUCAUCUUGAACUAUGAGAAUUCUCUCCACGAGUGGAUGUUUAGAGCAGGACUUGAUCAUUAUGCGACUCUUCUGGGCAUGCUCUGUGCUUACCACCAUCCUAAUUUUGAGAGGCUCAUGGGAUAUCUAGAUGAGAAGUCGUCGGCAAAGCGAACAGCAAUACGGUUUGGAAUCGCUUUAGUGUGCCUCACCUCCCUCUCUUUUUGGGUUCGACACAUCUUUGUAUUGGACAAAUACCAGUAUAACAAACUCCACCCUUAUUUUUCCUUCAUUCCUUUGUUAUCCUUCAUAUUUCUACGCAAUAUGUUCCCGUUGUUUCGGCGGCACUACUUUUACAUGUUCACGUGGCUGGGAAAAAUCACACUAGAAACGUACAUCUCCCAGUUGCAUGUUUAUCUCCAAGGCAAUGCUAAGUUUCUGAUUGCUUUCAUACCAGGAUACCCUUUGCUUAAUUUCGCUUUUGCCACCAUUGUUUAUCUUUUCUUGUCUUAUCACUUGUUUCAUCUCACAGUUGACAUCAGCUCCUUUCUGAUUCCUAAGGACCACCAAUCGAUGUUGAAGAACCUUGCUGUAGGUGUUUUGUGGCUAUCAUUAUGUUAUUUUGCAGGAUUAGGUUAUACGGGAUCGUUUUUGUCAUAAAAUCGCUGCUUGUGGUCGGCUUUGAAAUGGAAACAAAACAAGGAAGGGUUGACGCGAAGUGUUUCUCAUAAAUGUAGAACUUACUUUUGAAAGACUGUCUUAAUUGGUUUGAAAUUGUAAAUAGGCAGUAUCAGACAUUUACUCACCUUUAAAGUAGAGAGGAAGCCACAUUAACCUUAACUGAUUUGACCUUAGCUGGUCGAAUUGGAAUUUGGAGAUUUUGGUGCCAUUGUUGUCAGGUUUU